AUCAAAUACGUUACCUAGUAACCGUUUAGGAUUGCUGGACGAUGCCGAUUUGCAGGAAUAUCUGCUGGCGGAAAGUCAUAUGAACUCAAAUAAGACAGGAAUGGAGAAGCCACAAGAGAAGCUGUCUCCUUUGAAUACAACAACAGUAUCGUCUCACUCCUCACUUAUAAGUCCAGAGCACCACCAUGGUAGUAGUUACGGCAAGCCACUGGAGAGGACCAGGCCCUUUGUGGUAGUGGACGGACACAAGAGAAGUCUGAGUGAGGCCUUGCAGAACGGUCACCCAGACAAGCUACAGUGUGGUCUUCAAUUUGGAGGCAGCAUCUAUCUUUUGGACCUGGAGAAAAACCAUGAUCUCCUGCCCAAGCCUCCCAAUAUCUUCUACUACCUCCCUAAUGGCACUGGGGUUUCUUUAGAGGAGAGCACAGUGACUCACUGCUACUACCACGGCUCAGUGAGGGGCUUCCCACAGUCCAGGGUGGCUCUCAGUACCUGCUCUGGACUCAGGGGUGUGGUGGCUAUCAACUCCACCCUGAGCUUUGAGCUGCAGCCUGAGGAAGACCACGAGGAGGGGGCAGAGGAGAGUGGAGGGGAGGAGGAGGGGAUGCACCUGCUUUAUUCCACCAGACCUCUGGAGAGGGGUAAUGUUGGGGGCUGUGGGGUGUCCCAUACACCUGUACCCCCCAUCCACAUCCCACCACAAGUCCCACACAGGAGUAAAAGGGACAUUCUCUCAGAGACCAAGUACAUAGAGCUUGUGCUUGUAGCUGAUCACAAAGAGUACCUUAACUACCAGAAAAUCAACAAGACUAUCAUCUAUCGAAUGCUGGAUGUGGCCAACCAAGUAGACUGGUUCUACCGGCCGCUGAGUGUGCGUGUGGCUCUAACUGGGSUGGAGAUCUGGAGUGACCAGGAUAAGAUCCAGGUUGACAAGAGUCCUUCAGACACCCUCAACCGCUUCCUGGAGUGGCGCACCAGRGAGCUGCUGCCCCGCCUGCGCCACGACAAUGCUCAGCUCAUUAUGGGGGAGUCAUUUGAUGGAACUACAGUGGGAAUGGCAUCUCAGUCUUCCAUGUGCUCCAAGGACCGGUCAGGAGGGGUCAAUGUGGAUCACCUGGUCAGUGUACUGGGGGUGGCGUCCACCAUUGCCCAUGAGCUCGGGCACAAUCUGGGCAUGAAUCAUGACACGGCCGACCGGCGCUGCCAGUGUCAGAAUGAACCACGCCUGGGAGGCUGCAUCAUGGAGCCAUCUACUGGGUUCAUGCCAGGCCAGCUGUUCAGCAGCUGCAGUGCCAGAGACCUGUCCCUCAGCCUGCUCCAUGGUGGUGGGAUGUGCCUCUUCAACGUGCCCCAGCCUGAGAAACUGCUGGGGGGGCCACGCUGUGGAAACCUCUACGUGGAGAAUGGAGAGGAGUGUGACUGCGGCCUGCUGGAUGAGUGUAACGAUCCCUGCUGCAACGCCACCACCUGUAAACUGGUUCCUGGGGCCCAGUGUUCCUCCGAUGGCAUCUGUUGUGACAACUGCAGGCUGCGUACAGGUGGAUGGAUGUGUCGGCAGCCCCUGGGGGAGUGUGACCUCCCAGAGCACUGCACCGGUACCUCUCCCUACUGCCCCCCCAACGUGUUCCUGCAGAACGGCGAGCCCUGCGAGGAAGGCUCCUCCUACUGCUACAGCGGUGUCUGYGCCAGCCUCAACACACAGUGCCAGAUGUUGUGGGGACCUAAUUCCACCAGCGCUCCGCCUGUCUGCUUUUCCUCCGUCAACAAACAGGGCAACAAAUACGGAAACUGUGGCCAGAUGGCGAACGGAACCUACAUCCCCUGCCCUAGCAAAGAUGUGCAUUGUGGGAGGCUCCAGUGCCAGGGAGGCAACGACCGUCCGUUGCUAGGCACCAGCGCUGAGAUCCUGACCACCAAAGUAAAAUUUAACUACAGCGAUUUUGUCUGCCGGGGAACCUACUUCCACCUUGGCGACGACGUCUCAGACCCUGCCAUGGUGGCACAGGGCACCGCGUGUGGUCUUGGCAAGGCCUGUUGGAACCAGCGGUGUCAGGAUGUGUCUUUGUUCGGCGUCGACGAGUGUCAGAGCAAAUGCAACGGACACGGGGUGUGCAACAGCAAUAAGAACUGCCACUGUGACGUGGGCUGGGCUCCUCCAGACUGUAGGUACACGGGCCAUGGAGGCAGUGUGGACAGUGGCCCUGCAAGAGCACCUAGAGGAUCUGACCCGGCACGUGUGGCCUUGCUGGUCAUCUUCCUCUUCGUCCUGCCAGUGGUUCUCCUCUUCCUCGCCCUGCGUUUCCCCCGCUGUCACCGCAACCUGCCCUGCCUGGGCACUACCAGCCCCUUCCACAAGGGCACCGGACGCCAACAGAGCCGGACCCCGGCCACCGAGCGAGUGGAUGCUCGUAACGGGGAACAGGUCCAACCUCUGAGGUACCACUGGAGCCGCCAGAGUGACAUCCAAAUGACCCCGUCGCUGCCUUCUGAAAAGGUUCAGGACAGACCUGCUCCGCCUACUAAGCCACUUCCUCCUGACCCUGUCUUAAAACAAGCCCAGCCAUCGUUGAGUCGGCCGGCUCCUCCCACCAAGCCUCUACCCCCUGACCCUGUGCUAACAGGCAGCCAGGCCCUUGUACCACCCAAAAAAACACCAGCCUCCAGGAAGUCCUUGCCUUCGGACCCCCCGUCACAUCCCACCCAUCCUGGGUACACUGCAUCUGGUGCCCCCGUGCAACAUGGAGCGAGUAUAACUUCAGUUCCUCCUGUUGCAGCCAUCCCUUCCAGACGUGCCCCUUUACCUCCAGUACGGACGUCACAACCCAGAAAACCUAACUCGACACCUCCGAUUUAACCACCAAAGACCCACAAAACCACUAGGAUUCUCUUAAACCGGACAGCACAAAUUGCACUGAUUCAGCCAGGAGUUUUAUUAUGGAGACCCUUAUAGGACGGCUCAGAACCCAGAAGUCUCCAAACGAAGGCUGCGUUUCACUCUCCCUGCCCCCCUUAACUAUUUCCUGUUGUCUUCCUACUGAGAGACUGACAGGUUCCUUGGUUGGUUACCUGCCAUGUUGGGACAGACUGGGACUCCGAGCAAAGCAGAGAAAGUCUGGAAUGUUCAGUCGGGUUGAUCCGUUGGCCAUUGAGAAACUGAAUGGAUGUAGUUAAGUAUCCGUCAAAGAUGUAACACUUCCUGAAAACUGUCUGGCUUUUGACAUUAACUGACAAUUACAAAAACGGAUGUCUACACAGAGGAUAAGCUCAAUGAAGAUUAAAGGUAGGCCCAGUACUGGUUUUAUGGCACUAGCACAUUUGAAUAUGCUCUGUGAUGCUUCAGAAUAGCUUAUUACUCUUCAAAUUAUAGGUUGAAGCCCAAGUCAUCCUCCCAAUCUGACUGUGGCCACCAUUUUUCAGUAUUUUAUUUUAAGUGACUUGGCUAAUGCAGGCCUCAGGAAACAAGUCCUGACCACCUCUUGGUCUCUUUCUGGAAUAAAGAAGCAUAUCAACACUUUCAUUCACCGCAAUGAUUUCUUUGAUCUCCAUCACAAUGGUGUCAUUGAGGGGGAGGACCUUGCAUGCAACCCUCUGACUAACCCUUGAGAUGAAAUGAGAAUAGUGUCACAGAAACUUUAGUUCUUGAUUGCAGAGCUGUACAACUGUAAAUACCAUAGAAUUGGAACUUGCCUACUAGUUUUAAUUCUACAAUAACGACUAUUUAAAAGCCGAAGAGAUGGAUCUCUGGAGAAGUGAGGGGGGAAGUAGAUUGAACUUUGUGAAACGCGAGGCCACUUCUCGAAGACUGACCUACGUUCUGACAGAUCGGUUGCCUUUUUUGUACCUUUGGUGAUCAGUUGUGCCGCACCAGUUUUGGCCGAAAUGAGUUAAGUACACUCCUAGAAUGUCUUUACAUAUUCAGGUGAAUUAAAACCAAGCCAUGGGAUUCACUUCUUAAACUGGGGAAACGCACAGACUGAAUGUACGAAAAAAACUAUAGGCUCACACUUUACAUUAAGUCACAGCAAUGCCAUGUAGUUACACCAAAUAUCAUUUUCUCUGUCUUAUUUCAUGUAACUAGAUUGGUAAUUAAUGUCAAACAUUUUUUGUCACUUAUCCUUUUAGUGCAAUUCAAGCAUUGUUAUGUUCCUUCUCUGCAGUUUGAGUAACUACAUGGUAUAAGGGCAACUUAAUAUAAAGUGUUAUGAUGGUCUGAAAUAAACCACAAUAUAAGUAUUACUACUCCUGAAGUGGUGGGCCACCUGUACAGGGGCUGUACGUCGACAGGCAACAGUAUUGCUUUUGCCUGCAUGUCAUGAAAGUAUAUUUCAUUUCUAGUGAAUGAUUGUUGUUUUCUAUGUCAAAACGUAUAUGUUUGUCUUCUAUUUAAUAUUGGUUAAAGUGAUGAAUUCCAAGCCUUAUGAGUUUUAAGUUAAUAACAUACUCUUAUGAAGACCAAGUGGUUGAAUUUGAAAGCACCCCAACGGCAACAUGGCUAACUGUGUUUAUACAGCAAAUAGAUGUUUUUGUGUAUCAAUGAUGGCUUAUUUAGUCAAAGAGAACGGCUAGCAGGUAUGAUAAUUGAAAUUGGUAACUGAUACUCUUCAUCCUGAUUUGAAAUCUUCCAAUACUUCUUGGUCAUUUGGAUAAAUGAGUACUGGUAUGCAAUAUACACUGCUCAAAAAAAUAAAGGGAACACUAAAAUAACACAUCCUAGAUCUGAAUGAAUGAAGUAUUCU